AUGGCGUCUAGAUCACGAAAAGGUUUGAGAAACCAUGUUGGUUUGGUUGGUCUCAGAUGUGAAGGGUCACAGGAAAAAGAAUAUGAUGAUGGGUAUUAUAUGAGGAGGUGUGUAGAGCUUGCUCGGAAGGCUGUUGGGUGUACCAGCCCUAAUCCUAUGGUUGGAUGCCUCAUUGUGAAAGAUGGAAAGAUUGUUGGUGAAGGGUUUCACCCAAAAGCUGGGCAGCCCCAUGGCGAGGUUUUUGCUUUGAGAGAUGCAGGAAAUGUUGCUGAGAAUGGGACUGCAUAUGUUAGCUUGGAACCAUGUAAUCAUUAUGGGAGGACACCUCCGUGCACUGAAGCACUUAUAAAAGCCAAAGUGAAAAAGGUGGUCAUUGGGAUGGUGGAUCCAAACCCAAUUGUGGCUUCAAAAGGGGUGGAUAGACUACGAGAUGCAGGGAUUGAUGUGACUGUUGGUGUUGAGGAGGAAUUGUGCAAUAAGCUUAAUGAAGCAUAUAUCCAUCAAAUGCUUACAGGAAAGCCCUUUCUUACGCUGAGAUACUCUCUUUCAGUUGAUGGCCAUUUUUCUGAUCAGCUUGGUGAAGAAGUAGCGGAGUGUGGAGGAUACUACUCAACAUUGUUGCAAGAAUAUGAUGCUAUAAUACUGUCUCACAACUCAUUAAAUUCUUCCUUUCCUGCCUCUAAAGAACCUGGGGCGAAUCAACCUCUCAAGAUUGUAGUAGCCGAAAGUCCUACUUUCCCUAUUCAAAUUCCUGUUGUCAACACCGAAACUUCUAAAGUAGUAAUCUUCACGGACAAAGAGGCAGCUGUUGAACCUGAAGCAGCUCAAAAUGGAAUUGAAACAGUGGUUUUGGAAAGGUUAAAUUUGACUACCAUUCUUGAAUAUUGUAAGCGUCAAGGACUAUGCAGUGUUUUGUUGGAUUUAAGAGGAAAGUCUGGUGGUUUUGAAGAGAUCUUGAGAGAGGGUUUUGAGCAGAAUCUAGUUCAGAAGGUUGUGGUGGAAGUGCUGCCAAUUUGGGGUGGAAGUACAGAAGAGGCAUUGCCUGUGGAAUUAAAGAACCUGCAGCGAAGUUUGAAGAAUUUAACUUCUAGGAAAUCAGGUGAGAGUGUCUUACUGGAGGGAUACUUUUGAAGGCAGUGACUGGCAACUUGGGGAGUGUUUCAAAUUAUCAGAACUUCUGUUCUUGGGUAGGUUCUAUGCUGCGAUUGUGAUCUCAGGAGGAAUCGAAUGACUACAGCAGUGGAAUAGAAGGAAAAAACCUGAAAAUUCCUGUCAAGAAUUUUUUUCCUUUAUUUUGUUCUUCCUCUGUUACUGAAGAUGGUCAAAAUUUAGCCCCCAACUACUGGUCUUGUGCCUAUUUAUGGCUCUUUUUUUUUUUUUUUUCCCUUUGUAGGUGCAGCAUUUGUGUGGAAAUUAUUGAAGAGAAUGGGGAAACAUGCUUUUGGGUGGUAAUGGACAUGUA